AUGGUGCAAGUCACGCUGCUUUGUGCGAUCGUUGGUGUACCUCGAAGUACUCUUGUCGUGGAUUUCGACACAGAUAGAUCGGUGGCUCACUUGAAGAAAGCGACAAAGGAUGAGAAUGCAGUGAAGAUACUGUGCGAUACUGGAGAGCUGCGGCUCUUCCUGGCGAGAAAAGAUGGAGCGUGGAUGCGAGACAACAGUCAUUUGUACAAACUGAUUUAG